UGAUUUGUAGUCGGGACAUAUUUAUGAACGGAAUCAAUGUUUCUGUUUUGGAUUUCAAAAGGUGUCAAGGAAAAUGUAUUCAACUGGCACUGAGAGUCUGCUGAAACAGGCCAGAGAAAUACAAGACGAGGAGCUUCAGAAGUUUUAUGGUCGCAUUUCAAAACUACUCAACACCAACAGAGAUUUUGGAAACGAAACCAUCGACUCUCUUCAGAGGCUCAACUUGAUUGUUUCAGCAACGAAAUAUGCGAAGACACUCCCAUCAGACCUCAAGAAGAAGCUGCAGAUGUUGUUGGUUUCCAAGGCACAUCCGGAGCAGAUUCAGGUCCUCUUCUCGUCUGUUCUUCGGGAGAGCCUUCCCCUGAGCAUCCAGGACCUCUCUGCCGGACUAGCAGAGGACGUCAAAUCCAGCAGCUAUGUUGCAGCUGUUGUUCUUUCGCAGGUUGCUUGUAAAGAUGAUGUGGCCCCUGUCUGUCUGCAUAUGCUGAAAUGCAUGGAAGCCCGCCAAACCGACGGGCAAAUAUGUAAACACACGCUUCCCAUUCUCACCAAGCUUAUCAGCUACUCUCCAGAGAUUCUCACUGAGGAUCAGGUAAAUCUGGUGAGCCGGAAGCUGGUCGACUGGUUGAGGUAUGCCAGCAUUCAGCAGGGAGCCACCAUGUCUUCUGGUAGCUUUUUCAGUGGACCGAGAACACGACAGCCUGUUCCGGUGACAGAGGUGGACGGUGCAGUGGCAGGGGACUUCUUCACCGUGCUGUGUGUGGGUCGGAGCUUCGGGGAGGACCAGUGGAUGAACAUGUAUGCCUUCUCCAUGAUCAGGAAGUGGCUGCUCACCUACGACACCGAAGGAACCUCUGGUGGAGAGUCAGCCCACCUUAGUCCAAUUCAGAUCAUGCUGUCACAGGUACAAGAUGACCGGUCGGAGGUGGACAGCUCAGUAGUGUCCAUGGUCUCAGCCACAUCUUCGUCCAGCAGGCUCCUGCCCCCGAAGGAGAGGCUCCGGGAGAAGGCCUUUGAGUACUGCCACCGGCUCAUUGAACAGAGUGACCGCAAGGCGAUAAAAAGGACUGACACAGAACUUCAGAAAGCGUGCAUAGUGGAGGCAGUCACCAUCAUGGAUAUCAUCUGUAAAGAAGACCCAUCGUACGUGUACCGUGCCUUCCCCAGCGUGAAGGCCCUCUACGGCCGCAUAAGUGCCGAGCUGGCUUAUGCCCGAGUCCUAAUCCCCAUCGCCCAGUUCUACCUCAACCACAGUGAGAUGGCAGCAGUGGACUCGGAGGUGGUGUUCAGACAGCUCUUCUCUCGCUUCCCAUCUGAGCUGUUCAAUGAACCAGCGCUGGCAUACGAAUUGGUCCAGUUCUGCAGAGCCAACAUAGCUGUGCUCAAGGACGGAGUUUCACUGUACAGGCAGAGUUUUCCCAACCUGUUUAAGUUCUUGGCCUGGAACAGCCCUGCCCUCAUCUCUGACUACAUGGAGCUGCUGCCCUCACUGAUGAGCCCGAACACAGCUGUGGAAAUCCUCCACUCCCUGCUGGACCUGCCAUGCCUGGCCGCCACACUGGACCUUCAGCUGAGGUCGGCCACCUACCAGGCCUCUGAACGUGUGCUGUGGGACCAUGGCUCCAAGAUCGCCAGCGCUCUGGAGGUCUUCAGGCAGCCAUCUUACAGAGGCCUGUUUCUGUAUAUCCUCCGGCCUGAGGCUGGCUCCGGGGACACCAUAGACAGAUUAAACAUGCUCCAUGAGGUCCUGUCUGAAAUGGCUGCAAGUCCGCGUGUCAUGCAGUGUGCCCAAGUUGUCCCUGUGUUACUUCACGUCUUCUUCAAUAACGUCACUGAGUUUGCUGAUCAGAAGCUGACAAACCAGCUUACCCUGGUCUUGCUGGAAAGAAGCAGCCUGCUCUACAACAUCAAUCAAUUUAAAAUAGAGCUAUUCAGGGUCUUCAGCACUCAUAUUCGUGCCUUGUGCAAGCUCCACCCUUCUCUCAUUGUUGACCAGUGCCGGGAGCUGCUGGACUUUGCUGGGAGCACGGCCAACAUCUACAGCAAGGAGGAGCUCUACACCAAUGUGGUGUGGCUCAUCGGUGAAUACCUGUCAGUGGCACACGACCCACGCUGCUCUGUGGAGCUCAUCACUUCGUUCUUUGAGAGCUUGGAGGCGGUGCUCUUCGAGAUCUCACAGGUUCGCCAGUCGGCCAGCCCGCCCUCCUACCCGCCACACGUCCUCACCACCCUCAUGACCACGUUGGCCAAGCUCGCCUCCCGCAGCCAGGACCUCAUCCCCAGGUUGUCUCUGAGCCUGUCAAAGCUGUGCACGUUCGCUCGCAGUAAGCCCGUGCUGGCCUGCUACAGUGAGGAGGACGCGGAGGAGAUAAUCACGCGUGCCCACGAGCUCACCAACCUGCUGAAGCUGCCCAGCGUGGCCCAGUUCGUGCUGGCGCCGCCCGCGUUGGGCGAAAGCGCACGAUGGCACCGGGACACCAACACAUCCCUGCCCCGCGCCAUGAGGACCAUCACUGAACUGCUGCACAAACAGUCCAACUUCCUCCCGGGCUGAGUGGGAGACUGAUUGACUGACCGACUGAGGCGGCCAGCUGCCUCUCUGGGCGUCAAGAGUUGACAGCUGUCAAUCAAUCAGUCACUCAAUCAGUGGAGCUCAGCGGGACAGAGGACUGAGACCGUGAGACUGAUUCGGAAGGCUCAUGGCAAUGUCUGGAGUGGCCUUCUGUGCACACAUGCACGCACACAGACGCGCACACACACACACACACACCCCUAGCCACAAUUGCAUUAAUUAAUGCACUUUAUCCUCUCUUCUUCCUUUGAUGUCUACAAUGACAGAAAAUCAUGAUGCACUUAAAAAUCAUGUUAAUUUCCAGGUUGAAAUUACAUACAUUGCAGGUGUCAACACACAAAACAUUGUCCAGCCAUUGAAUUGCAAAGAACACAUAAACAUCUCAUUGACUUCUCCUUACCAGUAGCCUCAGCUGUUCUAACAGUCGUAACGCUAUAGUGCAUAUAUGUGCAUACUUGACUUUGAUACAUGGAAAAGGACUACAAAGCGGUUCUACACCAUCUUGGAUUGGAAUGUUGGAAAAAGGUCAAGCACCAUGAACAUGAUAUAAGGUCACAAUGGAACACAUUUUUCUCCUGAUUUAACAUCAAAUUAAAUUAUAAUUUAGCAGAA